AUGGUGUAUAUGUAUCUUUUUCCUCUUAUAUUUUUCUCUGCAGAAGAUUAUUCUUGUGGUGGCUUGCUUUCCUCUUCAUCUGGUACAUUACAGAGUCCAUUUUACCCAAGAAAUUAUCCAAACAAUGCCAAUUGUGUGUGGGAGAUAGAAGUAAAGAGCAACUUCCGUGUCAAACUCACAUUUGAAGAUCUUCAGAUGGAAGGUGGCAGGUGCCUCUCUGACUAUGUGGAAGUCUAUGAUGGACCACUCCAAACCUCUCCUCUCCUUGGGAAAUUUUGCUCUGGUUAUUAUCGCACGUAUACAUCUUCCUCAAACCUGAUGACUGUUCGAUUUCACAGCAACUCCCGAUACACUUACAGAGGGUUUCAGGCCAAGUAUUAUUCUAGUCCAGCAGAUGAGAGCACUACACUGCUGUGUUUGCCAGACUACAUGCACGUAGUAGUGAGCAGAUACUUCCUUCAGUCCCAUGGCUACUCUGCUUGGAAUCUCACCUUGAACGACCCUCUGUGCACACCCAACAUCACAUCAGAGCAUGUUGCAUUCGACAUUCCAUACAAUCACUGUGGCACAAUCAGAGAGGGAAACAACAAUACAAUCACCUAUUCCAAUGUUAUUAGAGGAUCCUCUUCUGGCACUGUAAUCACAAGGAAUAGAAAUCUUCUCUUGCAUGUCAACUGCAAAAUGCUGCAGGACACGUGGGCACAAAUAAUGUAUGUCGCAGAUGACAACUUUGCAGUCAACGAAACCCAGUACAGCAGAUAUGAUGUAAACCUCACGUUUUAUGACUCUUCAUACUUCUCACGGCCAGUGUACGACUCACCAUACUAUGUCAAAAUCAACCAGAAUUUGUUCCUUGAAGCUUACCUGCACAGCUCUGAUCCAGACCUGGUGUUAUUUCUGGACACCUGUGUGGCAUCUCCCACUCCCCACAAUUUUACGACAGGAACCUACGAUAUAAUCAAGAAUGGGUGUGUUCGGGAUCAUACCUAUGCUACAUAUUACUCCCCCUCCAGACACAUACUCCGGUUUAAGUUCAAUGCCUUCCAGUUCAUUCAGAGCAAUCCAUCGAUUUACCUGCAGUGUGAAUUUGUGGUGUGCAGGGCCUAUGACUAUUCUUCCAGAUGCUACCAAGGCUGUGUUAAUAGGUCCAAGAGAGAGGCAAGCUCUGAACAUGAAAGUGUGAUUGUUGUUACUGGCCCGAUACAGCUUUGGGAACUUGAUCCUGAGUAUGGGAAAGAAUAUGAAUCUAAAUAA